UAUCAAAAGAAAUGGAGUUCUCAGAAAACCCCUGCAAACCUUUCGAAAGUGAACGUAGUUUGUUGUGUCCGAUGAGUCCAUUUAGUGAUACAAGCUUUGGAUGGGAAGAAAUUACACCAAAUACUCAUUCUGUUUCUAGAGACAGUUCUUAUGUAAAUGGAAAAGUUAAUGUUAGUAAUAAGUUUGCUAAUGAAUGCACAAAUUCAAAUGAUAAUGUAUAUAUGACAUCCGACAGCAGUGAUUCUGAUGACUCAAUAGACGACGACGAGGCUCGCUUUGGUGUAACAGCAGCGAGAAAGGAGGAAAGUAGUGUGCAAGAUUUGGUGGUAAAACCUGAUUUACCCGAAAAGGUGCUGAAAGAUAUUUACAGAAUGAAGAAAGAACACGAUGUGUCUGAGAGUGAAGAUUCUUAUUCACAAAAAUCAGCAAAAGACAACUGCAAAAAGAAGAGAAAACAUGUACUAAAAAAAGAAGAUUCCGAGAGUGACACAGAGAUUCCAUCCCUGUUGACUGAUGAGGACUAUGGUACAUUUAAACUAGGAGGUACCUUGAAAUUUGGGGAUCUUACAGAAGAGGAGGACAUUUGGAUGGUACAAUGUCCAAUUUCUUUAAAUCCCCAGUGUUUAGAAGAUAAAGAACUGGUUUUUGGUGGAACAUCAGAAUUCACACUUCAGAACAGUGCACAUAAGUAUGAAACAACAUCCUAUGUAGAUAGGAUCAAGCCUGUGUUAUGUCUGCUGCCAAACAAGAAAGGUGUCUACAAAGCAAAAGUGUUGCAGCCUGAGGGUUUGAUGGUUAUCACGGAGCAAGUUGAAGUUCCUGAAUUGAAAAUUGCACUUCCGAAACAAAGUAACUUUCAAAUUCCAAAGGGGUUAAAAGUACGUCAUCCUCUGUUUGGACGAGAUUAUGAAAAAGAGCUGGAGGUAAGAAAGAAAGUUACCAGUCAGAAUAGAAGAAUGGUACAUGAAGAUUUGCUCAUACAACCACAGAUGUUAAAAAAAGAAAAGAGAAAGAAGAGUAGAAGUUCAAAAUCAAACAGCAAUUCAGAAGAAACAGGUACAUGUAAAGAAAGAGGGAAAUGGCAAACCUAUGAUGAAGAGGAACAAGAAAGUUAUAAGAAAGAGAAGAAAAAGAAAGGAAAAAAUCAUGAUGCUGAAGGACAUAUGAGAAAAAGAAAACUUGAUGAAGACACAUUUGAAGCAUCUGAGAUUGUAUAUGAUACUAAAAGAAGGAAAAAAGACAAGCAUAAGAAUAUGCAAUAACACUUUAACAUUUCAUAUCAUGAUAAUAAAACAUUUAAAAUCAGCAGUCAUGUUUGUGGCAGUGGAAAAAGACAAAUGACCAGUCAUGGAAGUAGAGUAACAGUUUUACUAGUAUAUAUAUAUGAAUAAAAACGAAAGAUUAAGGAAGAGUAAAAAAUAUGAGAACAUCAAAAUAAAAAAGACAGAUAGAUAUAAGGAAACAUGGGAGAGCAUAAAAUGAGGACGUAAAAUAAAAUGCAGCGUUUAGAAGAGGGAAGUUAUUAAACAUGUGAAUAAUAGCAUAUGCAACACCGGAGAAAAGGUGAACACUGGGAAGAGAAAAUCAUACUCUUGAUUAAAUUGAUACCUGCAUCUGGUAAGCAGUACUAGUUCUGUAACUUUAGUUAAAAAUGUCUGUUGACAUUAUAAAAUCAGCAUCAUCUUCAAGGAGAGUUACAGCCUCAUGGGCAGAUAAGUUAGAACUGCUUUUACCUGCAUGAUGUAGCUCCAUUGCUGUAUCCUGCUUUCUAAAAAAAUCAUAGCAUUGCUUGUAAUGGAGAGAGAUGACGAAGGUGCACACACAUUUGAUCUCUUUUACAUCUCCAGUGAUAAACUAUUUACACAUUUGGUGUUCUAUAACAACCAACUUUCGGAGACAGUGUGGCUUAUGAGAAGAGUCUGGAAGGUACAGUUCUUAUGAACACACAACAUUCUAGAAUGAAAUUGUCAUGAGACAAAUUCUGUAUCCCAGUUUAUUUUCAAAAUUUUUAAUUGACACUGUUUCUUGUUUAUGGAUUUAUAUGUUAACACAAGUAAAACAAUUCAACUGAGGAGCUAACUUCCCACAUAAACCAUGCAAUGCAUCAAUCAUAUUAUGAAAAACAUGAUGAAUUAAUACAAGGUUCUUGGGGAGUGUUUAUGAUUCUCACUUUUCUUCAAGUCUUUAACCUAUAAUUGUGGACAAAACAAAUUUGUACAUGUGCCACAUUGUUAUUGCUGACUAAAUUAGAGUGUACAAGAAUGGAGUUGUCUCUGAUGUCAUAAAGUUUAUACCAAAUGUUGUGUCUAGAAAAUGGUCUUUGAAUAAAAAUAUCACAAUUUCA